GGAGAGGGCAGGCAGGAGAGUGUGUUAGUUGGAACACAUUAAAUAUCUUCCUCAACCCAGCAACCCUCCAGAGAACUGGCCUUCCAUUCUAUCUCUAUUUCCAUUUACCUUUACUCCUCUUUCGCCCAAAACUCCAAACAAAGAACCGACAAGAAGAAAUAACAAUCUUCUUCAACAGCAACAAUGGGCACUGAAACCGUGAUGGUUGAUGAUAUACCAUUUCUACCCGAGAUCUCGACAUCCAAGCCACUCUCUCUGCUGGGUCACGGCAUUACGGACAUUGAGAUACAUUUCCUUCAAAUCAAGUUUACUGCAAUUGGGGUUUAUUUGGAACCCGAGGUUGUGGCUCAUUUACAGCAAUGGAAGGGCAAAUCAGGAAAUGAACUCGCCCAGGACGAUGACUUCUUUGAAGCCCUGAUUUCAGCUCCGGUGGAGAAAAUUGUGAGAGUAGUGGUAAUCAAGGAGAUCAAGGGAUCACAGUACGGGGUGCAGAUAGAGAGUGCUGUGAGGGAUCGAUUAGCAGCGGUUGACAAGUACGAGGAAGAAGAGGAGGAAGCUCUUGAAAACAUCAUCCAAUUCUUCCAAUCCAAAUAUUUCAAGAAACACUCUGUUAUCACUUACACUUUUCCUUCUGCUUCCCCUUCUACUGGUACUGCUGAGAUAUCGUUUUCAACAGAAGGAAAAGAGGAGGCGAAGAUCAAAGUGGAGAACGGCAAUGUUGUGGAGAUGAUCAAGAAAUGGUAUCUGGGUGGGAGCAGUGGAGUGUCUCCUACCACCGUCGCAUCCUUAGCCAACAAUCUCUCCGCGCUGUUAUCCAAGUGAAAAGAAUAUGCUUCUAUUUUGUGUCCCAUAUAGUUAGAGGCUGAGCUGUCUGUUUUGUUCCUCAGUCCAUAGAAUCAUAUCUAUGUUUGCUUUGCUUGUUACUUUCUUCUUCUUAGUUCUGCCUACGCCCACGUAAGUUCGUUUGUAUUAGGUACACACACAUAGAGCCCAUCUGUUCUGAUUUGGACUGUUAACUAAUUAUAAUUAAGAUGUGUCGUUGUGCUUAGACAUAAGACACCAACUUUUUUCUUCA